ACAAGAUGACAGCCUUUAAUCAGGAUCAGCGUUUCGCUUUGCUUUUAAUUAUUUCCCUCGUUGGAGGAAGUUGUCUUUUGGAUUUCACCAAGGCUCAGACCUUGACAGCCGAGGAUCGUCUCUCAGUGCUUAAGUUUGUGGGUGCCUUUAUGAAUUUUUUGGAUUUGGAAUUGGAGAACUCCACCAUGGCAACGCCAGAGAGUACGAGUACUACUCCCACUUCGGUGGAGACCACCACUUUAACUUCAGAUAAUAACUCCACGGAUGUAACCACGGAGGUAACAAGUAACUCCACCACGACAAUAGAGGAGACCAGCAGCAGCACCUCGGCUACCACGGAGCCUGAAACCAGCACCACCAGCACCACCACAGAGGCAACCACAACUACAGUGAGGCGUCGCAUGUGCUUCAAGCGUUUUUGUUACAAGUUUGGAGGCGACAAAGGCUAUAUUGUUUAA